AUGUCUUGUAGAUUAUUAUCUCUUCUAAAUGCCGCAAUUGGUGGAUUCGGGAAUAUUUCCUUCAUUCUAUCUGAGGGAAAGAGACCUAAAGUGGAUCCUUCAAAUUACAUGUUUGAUGGUUUAACAAAUCAAACAGUUUGUAAAUUACCAGGAUCUCUUAAUGGCAAACAAUUCAUUGUACAAAAUUGUAAGAAUUGUAACAUAUAUUUAUAUGAUUACACCAGCACUGUUACUGUAGAUGAUUGUAUAGACUGUAACUUUUUUAUUGGACCAAUUCAAACCAGUAUAUUUAUACGUGACUGUACGGGUUGUAAGUUUGUUGUGGCUUGUCAACAGUUUCGAUUGAGAGAUUGCCAGAAUUUAGAUGCGUUCCUGUGCUGUGCUACGCAACCUAUCAUAGAGUCGUCGUCCCGUGUAAAACUUGCGUGUUUUACCUAUUACUAUCCUGAACUUGCUGGCCAGUUUAAAGAUGCGAAAUUAAGUGUGUUCAAUAACAAUUGGAGUAAUAUUCACGAUUUUACGCAAGAUGACAACAUGAAACAUUUCACCUUAUUACCAGAGGAUUGUAAAGUCGAUGAUUUUGUGCCAUUACCGAGUACAGACGACUUUCAAUUCCUUGAGAUAAGCCUGGAUCCUAAAAAAAGUGUAGUACCAAGGUCGCUAGGUAACAGGAGGAAGACUUCAGAUGAGUCAUGUCUGAUAGUGUUUUUCUUUGAUGGGAGUUCACAAGAACGUGCCUUGAAAUUUAUCGAUGAAAUGACAAAUUCUCAUCCUGACUGUAUACUGGUUCAAACAAAAGAGCUGAAGAUGUCGCCCCCUGAUGCAUUACGAGUGUUUGGUUCAGAUGCUUACGAUGUAGUUGUCAGCCGAGGCCCAGUGAUAGGUUUGGAGUAUAAUGGCGAGAACUGUAUACAGAUAUGUCAGGAGGUUAUUAUGGGGAUCACGAAGGGAUUAACGGGACUCGUGUUCAUCAGUCAGUCACGUGAGACAGCUGACGAACAGAUUGAAAACUAUUAUAACUUUGCUGACAUGCAGAUGGCAGUUUGAUAAAGGAGAGUGAAAAGAAGAAAAAAAAUGACGAUUUUAAAGAAAAAAAGCCGAGUUGAAUAAAACCAAUACAAAGUCCCUUAUGGCGACUACAUUCUCAAAGAAUUUUGUGUGAUCGCUUCAAAAUCAAUUCAUAUUGAAACAAAUUCUUAAUGUUAUAUAGAAUUUUAUCUUAGAUAAAAAGAGGAUAGCUUUGUAAUAGGUUUUAAGUGAGCGGCAAAUAGUCAAAAUGUUGACUUGAUUUUUCUUAGGCAAACAGAUUGUUUUAUUCGCACACCUAGAAUGUAAUAGUUCCAUAUAUGUGUUGAGAGGACAUGUUUGGGUUAAUGUAUAUAAUGAUGGCAUUGUCUUUUUAUUCGAUUUUUUAAAAAUAUUUUUGUGACUUAGUUAUUGUAAGAUAGUUUAUUGUAAUUUUAUGAUGAAUUUUAUAGACAGUUCAGAUGAGGCGGACCCUUUUUUUAAAGGGAAGGGCUAAGGCAAUACUGUUAGGGUUGGUUGUUGGUUUUUUACAAAAAAGGAACUUCUAAGCACAAUGAUUUUUGGUAACAGUUAUCUGAUGAAUGAAUCUUGAAUGUGUCAAAGGUUUAAGAACAUGUUCUAAAGUCAGUCACUUAAUUUCUAAUCAAGUGAAUCCAAUCAUUUUUUUUUUAUCAGUUUGCAGUUGACCAACAGAGAAGUCUUACAGUGGGUACACAUUUCAAUUUUAUCCUCAUUGUGCAGUAAAAAGUACAUAUCUUUAAGUUAACCAAUUAGAAGGUUGCAUUCAGGUACUGGUUGUUACAUUGUGUUUAAUAUAUGACCUUUGACCCAAGGACAGAUAAUUUGACCUAGUCAUGGUAGAUUGAUCUGACAAGUAUGGUGUCUCAUUUGGACCACAUAAGCCGUGUCACGAGAAAACCAACAUAAUGGGUUUGCGACCAGCAUGGAUCCAGACCAGCCUGCGCAUCCGGGCAGUCUGAUCAGGAUCCAUGCUGUUCGUUUACCAACCCUAUAACAAGUAGUGAAACUGAUAGCGAACAGCAUGGAUUCUGAUCAGACUGCGCGGAUGUGCAGGCUGUUCUGGAUUCAUGCUGGUCGCAAACCCACUAUGUUGGUUUUCUCGUGACAUGGCUCAAUUAUAUUUCUUGAAAUAAGUCACUUAAGUACUUGAGAAAUAAUAUUGGAAAUAACAGUUAUAUUUGUUACAUAUCAAAUUUUACCCGCUAUAAAAAUGUCAUGUUGGUAGUGAGUUUUUCUCACUCAAAUCAAGCCUGGUAAAUGGCACCAUUUUAUAAAAAAAAUAAUGUAUGGCUAUUUAACUCCAAUAGUGUCCAGUAAACAAUUCUUGUUAUAUCUUGUGUUAGUUUUAGUCAUUUAAAGGAAGACUUGUGGUUGUUUCAAAUUUCAGUUUCCCAAGAACAUGUAAUAUCUAUCUGCAUAACAAUAAUAGUUUGAUGUCAUUUAAGUUUAAUAAGAACAAAAAUGUUCCAAAAAGAAUGUACCAUGUGAAAAAUAUUUAUUAUAUUCACAUAAUUUUUUGCAGUGCAUAGAAAAUUUCUAAAAAAAAAUCAUUAGUGGGUCAUAAACAAAUACCUGUAUUACUUACUAUAUUUGUUAUAUUUGAUAACACGCCCAAUCCUGGGUCUAACCAGCAUAAUAAACUAUCUACAGCAUUUGGUAAUUACAAUAGUGUAACAUGACGUAGUAACUUUGAGGGGGCGGAGUCAGAAUAAAGAAUCGGGAAGUUAAUUAUAACUUACUUCCCACAAACCUGUUUUCAACCACGAAAGAAAAAAGUCCUUCAAUUAGGAACUAAAAAGUAUAGAUAAAUAGUCUUUAAAAAUUUGAAACUUGAAACUCUUGCUCUGUCAGUACUUAAAGUACUUUGAUUUGAUUACUGAAAAUAGAACAUGUUUUUCAGACAGUAUCGUGAUCUGAUUGGUUGAAAUGUAUAAUGGUCCUAUUGAGACACCGUAGAUUAUAUAAUAUAUAUAUACAUAUCAUUUUCUCAUAUGAAUUGAGAUUUCUUUGCAUUCCUUAUUGCAUAAUGUUAUUUAUUGAAUGUUAAAAAUAUUAUUAUUCAAAUAUGUUUCUGUAUGUUAAGUAUUUGUGUUGUAAUUUUGUUGUUGUUUUUUAAUACCAAAUGUUAAUUUCAAAUAUCAUUUCUAAGUGGCGGCAUGGCUCAGUGGUUAAUAAUCCAAGGAUAAUCCAAGGAUUUGAUUGGUUAUGUAAGGAUUGCUAGCCACAUAGGUUCAAACCCUGUCAUUGGCCUAGUGGUUUACGCACCAGACAAGUUAUCAAAGGACUGCGUGUGUUCAAACCAUGUCAGGGGCAAGCUUUUGUUUCCUAGAGCAAGUAACUUCACAUUUAUUGCUUGGUACUGGUUUUCUCCAGGAAGGGAUCAAUCGUUCAUGUGGCCCUAGGCAAAAAUACUGGUUGGUUACAGGAACAUGUUGCAGAGUGAGCCUAUUAGUUUAUAGCUUCCUACACAUGCUUAAAUAAGUUCUGAAUAAACUUAAUAUUAUUUUAAACAAGGUUUUGAAGUUGUCUCAAUUGGUACUUAGAAUUUCAACAUGUGAAUAAAUUUAAAUGAUAACAGGGAGAAGGACAAAUCAAUUUACUUCAAAAUUAUCAUCAAGUUGGUAGAAUUUACUAGUAAAAAAAAAAGAUUUGUUUUAUAUUUUAAAUAGUUGUAUGCUUGAUGAAAGAAAAUGUUCAACUUUUCUUUAUAUUGAACAUGAUUAUUUAAGUUUAAUUUUAAACAAAAUCAUGAACUUAUUUCUAAAGUUCAUUACCUUAGUCCUAGACAGCUGUAACAUAGACAGAUAUAAACAGAGAAAACAAGGUGAUGGCUAAAUUAAGGCUCUUACUCUGAAUCCAUUUGUUAAGAGGCAGCCAGUAUAACCACUAGACCAGAUAGCCAUUAUUAGAAAACUUUGCAAAAAAAAAAGUCAGAAUUUAUUAAGGAAAAAAUAUUGCAUUUUUUGUUUAAAAAAGUCGUGUUACUGUAUAUUGCGUAUAUAGAUGUUUUAUUUGUGUGUUGUAGUUUCUAUCCGUCCAUAACAAUUUACAUUUCUAUGUUUUGGUCUCUCUUUAAUGUAAUAAAUAUGUUCAAAA